AUGGCGACGGAUAUGCUUUCAAACAUCGUGCUGCCACAACUUUCAAACUCGCCACGAAGUGCUGCCGCUGCCGCUCAAGAAGAAGAAAAGAUUUGGACCAGAAUCCUUACCGAUGUGAGUGCCAAGUCUCGAAACACACUACAAGGCUCAAAUGUGAUAGUUUUGGGUGAUCCGAAAUCCGGCAAGACAUCUCUUCUUGCAAAACUUGAGAAAAUCGAAAACGCUCACAAGGGAUCCGCCUUGGCCUAUCAUUGCUUGAGUGUACAAUCUGACGCACGGGACAGCAGCUACGCUUAUUCGCUCGGGACUGCUGGUGGAGCUCUUGGUCCAGCUGAAAAUCUAGCUCUACCGGUAUGGGUAUUGGAUGGAAAGGAGGUGUUUGCUCCGCUUCUUCGACAUGCUCUUCCAACAUCAUCGCCAUCUCGAAUUGUUGCCGUUCUCGUCGUUUCACUUGAUAAUCCAAGUCCAAUCCAUUCGCUUCGUCGGUGGGCCGCCAUUCUAGGACAGCAAGUAACUUCAAAGUAUGAUACAACUACGAUGAGCGAAGCAAAGCAAACACAAGAACGCUUCUGGCAAGAGUAUGUGGAACCAGUGGAAUCCUCGAUGAGUUCGUCUAUGAUGCCCGGUUUAGAAGAUACAGGGCUCCUCCCACUAGAACCUGGUGUUCUAAGCGAGAAUUGCGGUGUUUCAAUGGUGGUCGUUGUGACGAAAAGCGAUUUGGCAUCCGAAAUGAACGAUCAAUUGGCUGACAAAAUUCUCGUAGAUAUUCGGCGUUUCUGUCUUCAACAUGGUGCCGCACUUUUUUACACCUCAUCAAAGAAUAUUAAAAAUACGCAUCUUUUGACAAAGUAUCUUGUACAUCGGGCUUACAAUCUGCCAUUCACAACUCCAGCUCAACUCUUGGAUCGAGAUUCGCUGUUUGUUCCUGCUGGCUGGGACGGCGAGAAGAAAAUUGAAAUCAUUCGGGAGAAUAUUAACGAGGCUGAAGUACUCGAGCCGACACGAGAGCGUCCUGCCGUGGCUAAAGAAGCAGAUGUUGUUGCUGAAGAUACGCAGGGUUUCUUGGGAAAACUAGGCGAGCAACUGAAUGCUGCUCAAGCAGUUGCCUCUGCCUCCUCUACAACUACAACACCGAAAAAAUUGAUGGAAGAGCAAGCAAACCCUGACAGCUCACCGCUCGCCAGUUUCUUUUCCAAUUUGUUGAAGGACAAAACAACGCCACAAAGGGGUGGGGCCGUUCCCGAAGAUGCGCAACAACAAUUUGAUCGAAUGCUUCAGGGUGCAAAAUCAUCGGGCUCAGACAGCAAUGCA